UUGAAGAGCCAUCAUAUAUAGAGAGAUAUUCUUAUUAUUAAAGAGUCAUGAAGAAGUGUUAUUGCACCAAAGAUACACUUCUUCUAUUCAUGCUCUUAUUGAUCUCUACAAUGUGUGAAGGUCUUCGAUCAACACCUCAUGAUAUAACGGGUUCGAAUGACGAAGGAGAUGAAACAAGCUCUUUGUUUAAGGAGGAGAGAGAUGACGACAUCCUAAAAGGAAUGUUCGCGACCGGUUCGAGCUUGCCCGACUGCACGAACGCUUGCGGGGCGUGUUUUCCAUGCAAGAGGGUCAUGGUGAGCUUCAAGUGCUCCGUCGCCGAGUCGUGCCCGAUCGUCUACCGUUGCAUGUGCAAGGGGAAAUACUAUCACGUCCCGUCGAAUUGAUGAUAUAUACGGACUUGCAUGAUCAAGUUUCAGCAAAAGGAGUCAUUAAUGGAGGAGAAACUAAGUCAUAUAUGACUCAUUUUUAACUUUUUCGCUCCCUUUUCAUCUUUUUCUUGUUGUAAAUGUUCCUCUAGUAGACUAAUGUGGGGGAGCACGAAAUUGAGAAGUGGUGUUGGUUUGGAGGAAGUGUAAUGGGGUAUUUGUAAAUGAUGAGCC